ACGGAUAACCCAGCGGAUCUUGGUAACGUUAUUCUGAUUUAGAAUGGUUUAUUUAUUUCGAAUAAAAAUUUUGCUUUGAAAAUGUAAUAAAUUUGUUUAAACAAUGUCUCAAAACCGAAUUGCAUAUUUUUAUGAUCCUGAUGUUGGAAAUUAUCAUUAUGGAAGUAGUCACCCAAUGAAACCUCAUCGAUUAGCAUUAACUCAUAAUCUUGUAUUUAGCUAUAACUUGCAUAAAAAAAUGAACGUAUUUAGACCAUCACAUGCUACUCCUCAUGAUAUGACAAGGUUUCAUUCUAGUGAAUAUAUCCAUUUUUUACAGCGUGUUACACCAUCCAAUAAGGCAGGUUUUAUAAGUUCACUUAACAAGUUUAGUGUUGGAGAUGAUAGUCCAAUUUUUCCUGGUUUAUUUGACUUUUGUUCUGCUUACACUGGAGCAUCGCUGCAGGGAGCGGUAAAGCUAAACCAUGGUUUAUGCGAUAUAGCUAUAAAUUGGUCAGGUGGUCUUCAUCAUGCAAAAAAAUUUGAAGCUUCUGGCUUUUGUUAUGUUAAUGAUAUUGUUCUUGCAAUUCUUGAACUGCUCAAGUAUCAUGCACGAGUUCUUUACAUUGACAUAGAUAUACAUCAUGGAGAUGGUGUGCAAGAAGCAUUUUAUUUAACUGAUCGUGUAAUGACUGUUUCUUUUCAUAAAUAUGGUAAUUUUUUCUUUCCUGGGACUGGUGAAAUGUACGAAGUUGGAGAAGAUGAUGGACGCUAUUAUUCAUUAAAUAUUCCUUUAAAAGACGGUAUUGACGAUCAAUCUUAUAUAAGUCUUUUUAAACCUAUUAUUCAGGCUGUUAUAGAAAAGUAUGUACCUUCUGCUAUUGUUCUUCAGUGUGGAGCAGAUUCUUUAGCACUAGAUAGACUAGGAUGUUUCUCUUUAAAUAUCAAAGGACAUGGAGAAUGUGUUCAGUAUGUAAAGUCAUUUGGUAUACCUUUGCUUGUGUUGGGGGGAGGAGGUUACACAAUACGCAAUGUUGCAAGAUGUUGGACUUAUGAAACUUUUCUUUUAUUAGAUGAGCCUGUUGAUGAACAAAUUCCUAUGAAAUCAGAUUACGCUGAGUUUUUUAGUCCUGAUUAUUCACUUUGUCCAGUUAUGUCUGGAAAUUUUGUAAACCAGAAUAGCAAACAAUAUUUGGAUUAUAUAAAACAGACUGUGUUUGAUCAUUUAAAGUUUAUUCAAGGUGCACCAAGUGUUCAAAUGCAAGAUGUACCACCAGAUUUAUUUUUGCAUGAUGAAAAUGAGUGUAAUGAUGAUUCUGUAGAGUCUGCUAAUUAUAUCCGACGUGAACAUCAAGGAGAAUACUAUAACGAUGAUCAAGAUAUUGACAAAGCUAAUUAUGAGUAUAAUUAACAUAUUUAUUGGAUUAAUUACAUCCACAAUGUUUUUGCGUUAUUCAUGUUGUUGUUGAUGUUGUUGUUGUGUGUGUGCAUGUGUGUGUGUGUGUUUGAACAAAAGGAUCUUCCUUUUUUUAAUGUUUAUUUAUUUCAUAAAUCUAUUUGAAUUCAUCAGAUUGCAGUUGCAAGUGUAAGAAACAAACAAAGAUUUUAUUUAUAAA